UAAAUUAUUGUCUGGUGUUGAUACCAGUUGUCAUAAGCGCAAUGCAAUGAUAAAUGCAAUAAGUGAAUAUUACUGUAUAUCCAAUCCAGAAUUAGAAACUUGACAUAAUAUUUUUAUUACUGAUAUGUUACAAUUUUAUUUUCAAUUUUAUGUUGUGUAAAUUUUUUUUAUUUUUGAUGUUUCUAUUUUGUUCUUGGAGAAAUUUUUGUUGUUGUGAACAAGCGUUACAGAACCAUACAUGUCUGAAUGGUACUAACAACCAAAGCUGUGAAAUCCAGACUCGGAGUUUGCUAUUUGAAUCCAAAGUUUGAACCUCUUAGCAUUGGUUUUUAUAUUCCAAAUAGACAAAUAUUUAUUCAUUUUAAAUUAAAUAUGUUAUGUGUUCAUUUUUACAGUUAGUGAAAAGUUGACAAAAAUGUCCUGACAGAAUUGUUUUAUUAAUACUACCAAUAUGAGCAGCAUAUGCCUUGUGGUGGCAAAAUAUGGUUGAACUUCAACCAGUAGACACUGUAAUUCCAGGCAAAUCUUGUGGACCUAUGACUGAAACAACAACAAAUAGAAAGAAAUUAAAGACAGCUGGUGGAAGAUCGAAAGGUGUUCGAUCGUCGAGUACUACAACAUGUGAUGUCACAAAGCUUAUUGUUGUUAUCAUCACAAUUCUAAUUCUUGUUUCUGCCCUCAUUGCAGUUGUCUUGGUAAUUGUUAUGGAUCAAAUGUCAUCUUCAUUAAGAGCUUUUGAGAAAGCAUCAUGUGAUGAAGUAGAACCAACGCCUAUGCAUAUAAAUUCAUGUUUAAAUUCUAACUGUCGAUUUGAUCUUUCUACUUGUUUUGAACCAUGUCCAUUCGGCUAUAGAACAGAUGAAAGUGGAUGUGAAGAUAGUUGUGAAUGUGCUAUUGAAGGAAGUUUUGAAGGAGAUAUUGCAUUUUCUGAAGAUGAAAUACCUAAAUUAACAGAACUUUAUGGAUACUCAAUGCCUGGGGAUUUUGACGUAUUUUCUGGUUCGUCAACAACAGGUCGUAUAUGGAAUGAUAAACCUGUAGAUGAGAGGCAUAAAAUCUACUAUCAAUGGGCAUCUUCUGUUACUGAAAAAGCAGAGAAGGCAAUUAUUGAAGCUAUUAAACGCUAUAAAGAAAAGACAUGCAUCGAUUUUAUUGAAAGGAAAACUGAGGAACGUUAUUUCAGAUUCACUUCGGGAAGAGGUUGUAUGUCAAUGAUAGGAAGGCAUAGAAAGAAUGGACAACAAGUAUCUAUAGGUAGAGGUUGUGAGAUACCAGGUGUUGUUCAACACGAAUUACUACAUUUGCUCGGAUUUCAUCAUGAACAUUCUAGACCAGAUCGAGAUUCCUAUCUUAAAGUUUUAGAAGAGAACAUACUCAAAGAAAGAUUUGGCAACUUCAAGAAGAGAUUAAAGAGUCAAGUGCGAGAUCUUGAUUCAGAAUAUGAUAUAACUUCUGUAAUGCAUUAUCCAAGUAAUGCAUUCAGUAAAAAUAAGAAACCAACAAUACUAAACAGAAAAAAUGAUAAAUUAGUAAAAGCACAAAGGCGAGGAUUCACAAAUGAAGAUUUAUAUGAAGUCAAUUUAUUGUACAACUGCUACAAUGAAUUAGCAGCAGCAGCCAAGUGGGCAUCUUGGACACCAUGGAGUUUGUGUGAUGAGACUUGUGGAUUUGGCGAAAGAUCUAGAUUUAGAAAAUGUAAAAAUAUGAAAGAUGAAAUAGUUGCAGGAUGCAAAGGAUCUAAGUUUCAACGAAUAGCCUGCCAAGGUCCACCAUGUCCACGAAAAGCUGGGAGAUGGAGUGAGUGGGGAUCUUUCACAGAAUGUAGUGAGAAAUGCAGCGGUGGUUUCCAAUGGAGGAGAAGAAGAUGUACUGCUUAUGGUGAAUGUGAAGGUGUAUCAUAUCAAGGACAAUCCUGCAAUAAAGAAGUUUGUGAAGGUAUGCCAAGGUGGGCAGAGUGGUCUGCUUGGAGUACUUGCAGUAAUAGGUGUGGAGGAGGAUCAAUGUCACGCAAACGUCAAUGCUUAACUGUUGACUUCGUAGCAGCAUUGACUUGUGAAGGGGAUGAUGCAACAGGAGUUGAGACACAAAGAAAAGAUUGUAAUACAAAUGACUGUGGUGGAAUUUCCAUUGAGUCUGAUUAUGAAAAUCUUUGGUCUAGUUGUUCAUCUAGUUGUGAGGGUACAAAAACAAGGGAAAGAAUUUGUGAAGGUAGCUGUCCUCCUGGUCAAAAUAUUGAAAAACAACCAUGCAAUGUUGGUGCUUGUGAUGGUCCGAGUAUGUUUUCAUAUUAUUCUCAUUUUUUGCUGUAA